AUGUCCGACUCAAAAAACAAAAGCGCCUACGGACAGGCGGCAUCCGACACCGACUUCCGCAAGAAUUGGGACCUCGACGAAUAUGCGGCCAAGGCAAAGGAGCGCGAGCAAAAGGAGCGGGAGGAGGGCAAGGCGCGCUACGAGGCCAAGCUGGCCGGCAAGAAGUACCACAAGCCCAUGACGGGCAACGAGACGUACACGUCGGCGCGGCGGAAUAUCAUCGAUGUCAGCGCGCAGGUUGGCAAGACGCAGCUGGUGCCUGCGGGCGCGGGCGUCGGCAAACGGGGAAGAGGCGCCGGAUUCUACUGCGAGGCUUGUGAUCUUACAUUCAAGGACAACCUGCAAUGGGUAGAGCACUUGAACACGACGCAGCAUCUGCUCAACACCGGACAAACGACAGAGGUCAAGCGAGCGACGGUCGAAGAGGUGCACGCGCGGAUCGAGUACUACAUCCGUCGGAAAGAAGAGCUCGAGAAAGAAAAAGCCACGAGCUUACAAGACAGGCUGAAACUAAGAGAGGAGGAGAUGGAAAAGGAAGCAGAAGAGAAGAGGAAGAAGCGGAGAGAAGAGACGGAGAGGAGGCGGCAGGAGAAGGAACAGGCGGCCAAGGUCAAGACGGAGUACGGCGAGGAUGUGCGGAUCGAGGGCGAGCACGACGAGGACGAUAUGAUGGCGCAGAUGGGAUUCACCGGGUUUGGCACGUCGAAGAAGUGA